ACAUAUCAGACAGUUUAUUUACGAUGAUGACGACGAAGCUAUAGCAAUGGGCAAUAGUAGCUGAUGCUUUGCGUGAUACUACCCUGGUCUGAAAAUUAUAUACAACUGUGUGAAAUGAUUUCAUUAGUGCGAUUGAAGUGUAAGGAUUUAAAAUAGCUACGGAAAAUUCGGAAGCUUUCUUGGACAAAUGCAUAGUCUCUAUUGAUUUAUUUUACCUUCAACCGGUCGUUGACGCAAUCACACUAUACUCAAUGUUUCAUCAACCACAUAUGGUAGAGCCGCAAAGAGUAACAAUUUUUAAGAGUAAACGCAUAGUCGAUAUGUUUUCCUGUACAUCCCGAACACAGAGAGUAUACAAUGUUUUCCUGGUAUCUGAACGAUAAAGGAAAACGGAUUAGCAGCGCUUUCGGAUGUAAUGUACAUUUCUAUCAUCGUUAUUUUAAUCCUGCAACUAACAAACCCUGUUGCGAUGAGGCCCAGUACAUUGAACCUGCAACACCAACACAAUCAUGACGUAUCCAAAAACAUAUUAAGUGAAGCUUACAGAGCUUGGAGUGAACGAUCUGAUAACUGUAUUGUUCCAGAGCAAAACAUUCAGCCUCUUUUCCGUGAUUUUAAAUUAUUCCCAACGUCCGAACAAGUACAUGACAUGUUAAGAACCGCCAGACUCAUCGUGAGAGGUUGUAACAAUUGUAAUAAAGUCUCUAAACAUAAAAAUGGAUUGACAUUCGGUGAAUUCUCAGUGCUGUUAUCAGACAUACGUAAAAUUAGGCAUACAUCUAUUCUCAACAGUCAUGACAUCACACAGUCGACAGGUUAUAGUACUACUGAUUCAUCCCAAAACGAUAAAGGAAUCAGUUCAGGGCUCGAUGAACAUUCUAUAGCAAAUAAUGAAGCCACUUCGGGGCCGGAGGUUUUCUUAGGAGGCUCUUGUAAUCCAACCACCUGGCGAGCUGAUGUUGCAAUACCCACUUUAAAACAAUUAGGAAUUACGUUCUACAAUCCGCAAGUUUCAGAGUGGACACCAGAUCUGCUAGAAUUGGAACACAGAGCGAAGGAAAAAGCGAAGGUUUUGUUUUUUGUUAUGGAUCCUCAAACAAGAUCAGCUGCUGGUGCUAUUGAAGUUGCUAACAUAGCCGGGAGGAAUUCUAAACACCUUGUUCUAGUUCUCUUACCAUACGUACAGCAGCAGAAAAUUUUGAACGAAACUUUAACAUUAGAUGAAUAUAAGGACCUUUCUCGAAAUCAGCAGCUAUUGAAACAACUUGUGCGACGAAGAGGGCUACCAGUGCUUGAUAAAAUUUCGCUUGCAUUAGAACACAUAAAAAAUAUUUUGUCAGGAGGACCGUGUCGGGACCAGCCACAUAACAUAGCAACAAGAUUGAUAUCUAUUCGGCGUACUUUUGAUAGAGUUGUGGACAACAGUGAUAAAGUAAUGACCUUAACGCAAUGCCAAACAGCACUGACUGCGCUUGGCUAUCCAUCUGGAAUAGUGUCUAUUAGUGUGAUAAAACAAAUUUUAUCGUAUUUCGAUGAUUUAUGUCGACAGCAAUCUACGAGUGAACCACAACAUUCAUCAUUACCUAGAACUACCAACGGUUACACCGAUGACAAAAUUUCGAUAACAUUCGACAACUUUUGUAUCCUAGAAUCCUACUUAUCCGUCCUUCAGCAAGAGAUUUUAGAAACGAGUUGCGUUUCCCCCAUCAAAGGAACUAACCUUCAGCAACCACCAAUAUAUCUCACAGACUUCCAAGGUUGGAAUCGCCGUGUACUACCAUCUCCAAUUAAUAUAGGAAAACAUUUUACACUGGAAGCAAGUUUUUCAAAAAAUCCCGGGCAGCUUUCAUACUCUAAUACUGGUAAAGAUUCUCCAUUCAACGUACAUGCAUCCAGUGAAGGAGAAAAAAAGAAAAGCAGUAAAACCGCUUCAGAACUCACCAGUGAGUCGCUAUCGAGCACAACUGAUAAAGAAAUUUAUAAUAGCUCAUCACAACAAAAUCACACAGGAGAAGUUUGCUGCGUUCAACGGCCGCACCCAGUGGAUUCUAAUGAACAAAACGCAUCAGAAUCAGCUAAUACAGAUGAUGUUUCAGGCAAUAGCGUCAAAAAUGGAUUGAGUAUACGUGAUUUAUAUCUUGGCGGCAGUUGUUGGAUGCUGACGAAUUGGCGGCAAAAUUACGCAGUGCCUUAUCUGAAAUCGAAAAAUAUUACAUUCUACACGUCCACUCUACAUGAAGGACCGGAAAGUUCUGUCCACUUCAAUGAAACUGGAGAAAUUAACAUUAUGAGAAAUGAUGAGUUGAUUUUUGACCCAGCCAUUAUAGAUGCAAGUCGGAUACUACUUUUCGUGAUCACUAACCAAACCAGAUCGUUAGGCGCAAUGACAAUGGCGGCGCACUAUAUGGGACUAGGCUAUAACAUAGUACUAAGCGUAGAAAUGCUGCCGAAUGAUUGUAGAAUCAAUGGAUUUCAGCUGUCUAGUUCAGCAAUUAAGGAUUACAACCGAGGUCGGACGUACCUUAUUGAUCUAGCUAAAAGGCAAAAUAUUCCUGUAUAUAGCAGCGUCGAAGAUGCCCUCAAAUCAGCUGUGGAAAAGUUAAACUAUACCAGAUGAAACAAUUUAUUAAUAGCCGAUGAAGAAUUUUUCUGACAAAUUCAGUAAAUUUCGGCAGGAGACCCAGGAAUUUGAUUCUGAAACAUUUAUCAAUGUAGCAUUUUUCCAUGUUAGAUCUGAGUAAACGGCUCGCGUUGACAAUGCAGUACUUAUAAAGCACUCGAUCAUUAUAGAACGUAAUUCUUUGGAAAUUAUUGAAAGCAUCACUCCAGAAAAAAAAUAACUUCUAACAAACUAUUAAUUUAUUAGUUUUGGUCAAGGAACCAACCAUACUCUUAUAAACAUGACUUACGCUUGUACAUAGAAAUGUUAAAUAACAACAGAUUGUUAGGAAUAUUACUCUAAUUUAAUUACUAUUUUCUAAGAUUCAAUCAUUGUUUUAUUUUAACAAUAUAAUCCACUCUUCAAAUCGUAAUACAUAUUACAGCAAACGGCAGCACCCUUUUUUAUUUGACCUCUAAUAUGUUAUUUGGAAAAUAUUUUUUCAAACAAUUACCAAAAUGUUCACCAUUUCGUUUCAAGUAUAACAGCAACGAAUAAAGCUAAAAUCAGAUAAGUGCAUUCCAAAUACAUUGAAUUUUCACACUUGCAAAAAAUGAAGCGCUCAAAAUUAAAAUCUGUCGUAUGAGAAAAACUUGAAUAACAUUAAAUGGAAAAGGUAGUUAGUACAAUAAAUGUUUCUUAAACUAAUAAUGAAGGGCAUAAAAAACGCGUGCAUUUAUAUGUAAAUCCGCUAGAAAUCCACUAAAGACGAUUCAAUUUUAAUUUUUCAUCGGAAAUGCAAUUGCAACAAAUGUUUGAAACAGUACUGAUGAAUAACCAGCAACGUCAAUUUAAUGGAAAAGGGUUUACUGGUGCAUAUGACGGGUUAGAGUUUUUAAAUCAUUUCUUCCAUGACUCAGCUUAAAAGGCUACUUUAUACAAUUGAGUGCAAGAAGUGUUUGAAAACCAACUCAAAUCCAUCAUAAAGCAUUUUUAGAUUGAUUUCGACAAUGGAUACACAGAUUUUGAGCCGCGCACUAAAAAAAUCAUAUGGCUGAAACAUAGUAAUUCGUUGAACAAGAUUGGAUACAAUUUGUUUCCCAAAUUCGUCAGUCUGGAUCAUAUUGUUAAUAUAAUACAUUUUGUUAUACCUAAUGUCAAUAGCAUUUGAUUCUCGAUAAACGUCCUCAAAUUUUAUUUACUUUUACUACAUGUACUGCUACAAUUGGAAACACUACAAACACAAUCGACAACUUGUUAUAGCACAGAAUAUACACCAAGGGCAUCCAAUAAAAGCAAAAUUUACUGACA